CCUUUCCGCCUCUGUCCAGACGUAACUUCCUGCUUCACCCUCCGUGCACCUCCGUGUCGGCUUCUGCCAUUUCCGGUUUCCCCCGUCCGACCCCCCCCGUUGCCUCCCCCCGGGCUCGGCCCCGCCCCCUCCCUCAAGAUGGCGGCGGCCGCGGGCCGCUGAGAGGGGCCAGGGCAGCACCAGGCAGCAGCCCCCUGCCCCGGCUCCCUUCUUCUGCCGCAGGGACAGCCCUGCUGCUAGCCAAUUAAUAGCUCGGUUAAUUGGCUUGUGGAUUCCCCCGACCAACGCUAAACGUACAACCGAGGAGCUAGCCCUGUGCUGUGCCUGCUCCAGGACCCAGCAGCUAUGUCAGACCAGGAUGAGGGCGACGGGGGCCGGGAUGGCCCCUUCUCAGCUGAGCAGCUGGCGGCCGAGUCAAUGGCAGCCGACAUGGACCCGUGGGUGGUGUUUGAUGCCCGGCGCACCCCUCGGGCCGAGUUUGAGGCAUGGCUGGCCACCUACCCGCCCUCCCGUGUGGCCCGCUAUGGCCCACGGCCCGUGGGCUGGAUUGCCGUGUAUGGUCCCGGCUACAGUCCUGAGGCGGGUGACGUGGUGGGCUUGCAGGAGGCGUGGGAGCGGCUGCAGCUGAGCGGCCGCUCCGUGACCCACACCACAGUGCGGGAGCUGGCCCUCAACCACGGCGUGCUCACGGGCAAGUGGCUCAUCCACCUGGACACAGGCUUCAAGGUGGACCACGCCUGGGCUGGUGUGGCCCGGGCCGUGCUGGACGGGCGCUUCACUGUGGCCAAGGUGAGCCCCUGCCACCCUGAUGGUGAACGGCGCCACGUGGUGUGUGUCUACACGGAUGACUUCACAGAUGAGGAGCAUGUGCUAGCUGCCGACGCUGCCAUCCGGGCUGCUGGCGUCAAGUGCCCGCUGGCCUACAAGCCCGAUGUCUACACCUACCUGGGCAUCUACCGCGACAACCGCUGGCGCCUCUGCCCUACCAUCUACGAGAGCCGCUUCGACCUGGAGUGCGUGCCCCGGCGCUCCCGCGUCCUCAACAAGGUUACCAAUGCCGAGGUCACUUAAGCAUUGUGGGGGGGCCCGGCCCCCCCCUUUGACUGUUCACCCCCCUGUCCCUGGACUGGAGUAAUGGGGUGAGGCUCUGUGUCCCAGCAUGCACUGCUCCUGUGGAGGGGGUGGGGGUCUUGUCCCCUUCUGCCUAUCUUGGACUAUCUGCCUCCCUGGACUGGAGCUGUGGGGCUGAGGUUAUUUAUCCCAGCAUGCACUGCUUCUGUGUGGGGUGUAGGGUCUUGCCCCUCCCUUAGAUUGUCUGCCCCCCUCACCUGAAGUGGGAGUGAGGCUACAUGUCACAGCAUGCACUGCUUGGGGGGGGGGGGGGUUUCUGGCCCUGCCUGGACUGGAGCAGUGUGUCCCACCAUGCAUUGCUCCUGUGGGGUCUGAUUCCCCUGAAUUGGAGCUGUGCGGCUGAGGUCCUGUAUCCCAGUAUUACACUGCUUCCUUAGGUGAGGAGGGGCUAGUAGGCAUGCCCCCAUGCACAGGCUGGGCUGGGGCUGGGGUGGAGACUACAAGUCCCAGCAUGCACUACUUCCCUGGCUCAGGGCCUGCUGGGAAGUGUGGUCCAGGAGCUCUGGCAGCUUAACUCUCUCAUGGCCCUGUACUGGAGGGGCUCUGCCCCCCACUUCACCCCACCCACUGUUUUUAAAGUGCCACAGCUCUUUGCCCCCUAGCAGGGGCUCUUUCUCAAGGUGCUGCCCCUUUCAUGCAGAGCCCUGCAGUGAGGCUGGUGCAGUGGCCCUUUAAAGCUCCAAGAGGUCACAAAGCUCAAUAAAAAUGACUCCUUUCCAGCCAA